CUAUCUUAACGGCGAUUGGUGGAGCAAAAUAAUCAUUCACGUUAUGGCGGCGCGCACAAAAAUGUCUGACAUUAAAUAUAUUUUGGGAAUGCAUUUGCUUAGUUUUCAUCAGAUGUGAACAAAUUAAUGUUCGGCAACUGAAUGAAAUAAAAGCACACUUCUUCACGGAAUACACAAAGUGCCAGAUAUUCUCACAGGCAAACAUUUUACUACCAAUAACGUUGUCAGACAUGCCUGCCUUCCGUCAAGUCGGCGAAAAGCAGUUGCCCAAGCCAAUACUGUUCAUGGUGUGGUCACCGAAGAGGGACUUGAUCGCGCUUGCAAACAAAGCCGGCGAGCUGCUCCUGCACCGCCUCGCCAACUUCCAGCGCGUGUGGAGCUUGGCGCUCAAUGACAGCACGGGGAAGGAGAUUACGUCGCUGGCCUGGAGACCGGACGGCAAGAUCCUGGCCUUCGGCGUGGGCGACAGGAAGCUGGUGGUGCUGUGCGACGCGGAGAAGGCGGAAGUGCUGCACACGUUCCCCGUGGAGAGCCCCGUCACCUGCCUGCACUGGGUCCAUAUCCUGGAGGAGAGCAGUGUCCUCACGUCCUUUUACAACUCUGAAGACGAGUCCAACCUGUUCCUCCCCAAAUUACCCACACUUCCGAAAAGCUACAGCACAACAUCAAAGAUAUUCAGUGAGGAGAAGUCGGAUGAGAUCAUGAAUCUUCUCGGUGAAGCCCGGCUGAAUGUCCUGGUGCUGGGCGGGUCCUCUGGGUUUGUGGAGCUCUACGCGUAUGGCAUGUACCGGAUAGCCUCCCUCAGCGGGGUGCUGGGUACCUGCCGCAGCCUCUCUCUCUCCAGCGACCUGAGGUCCCUGUCCGUCAUCACCGAGGUCACGCCCACCAACCAGCUCCCCUACAUCAGCUAUGUCCAGCUGGACACAGGCUUGCUGUCUGACUGCCUGGCAGAGGUGACCAGGAUGGCCCGCAAGUUCACACACAUCUCCACCCUGCUUCAGUACCUGAGGCUGUCCCUCACCUGCAUGUGUGAGGCCUGGGAGGACAUCCUGACACAGAUGGACCUGCGGCUCACCAAGUUCGUCCAGGAGAAGAACACCAGCACACAGGUUCAGGAUGAGUUUCUGGAACUUCUGCUGUGGGGGAAGUCCAGUCCUGAACUGCAGGCUCUGCUGAUGAACCAGCUGACAGUGAAGGGGCUGAAGAAGCUGGGGCAGUCGAUCGAGUCAUCAUACUCCAGCAUCCAGAAGCUUGUGAUCAGCCACCUGCAGAGUGGCUCAGAAGCCCUGCUGUACCACCUGAGUGAGGUGAGGGGGAUGUCACUAUGGAAACAGAAGUUUCAGCCCCUGGGCCUGGAUUCGGCAGCAAUAGAAGAUGCAAUAACUGCUGUGGGCUCCUUUACACUGAAGGCCAAUGAGCUUCUGCAGGUCAUAGACCGAAGCAUGAAGAACUUCAAAGCCUUCUUCCGCUGGCUGUAUGUGGCGAUGCUGCGUAUGUCCGAGGACCACGUGCCCCCGGAGCUGAACAAGAUGACGCAGAAGGACAUCUCCUUUGUGGCAGACUUUCUCUCGGAGCACUUCAGUGAGAACGAGGAACUGUUCGACCGCAAGGGCAAGUACUUCAAUGUGGAGCGAGUCGGCCAGUAUCUUAAGGAUGAAGAUGAGGAUCUGGUUUCCCCGCCCAACACCAGUGGGAACCAAUGGCUGAGCUUCCUGCAAGAGAGUUCACACCUGAAAGACAGCCCCCUGCUGUUCCCAUCCUACCCCCAGAAGUCCCUGCACUUUGUGAAGAGGAUGAUGGAGAACGCCAUCGAGCUGUGUCUGCAGAAGCCUGCGGAGAUCAUUGGGAAGUCUGUGAAGCAGGCGUUUUCCAUGGAUCUGUACACAGUGUCUCAGCGGUCAGAAAACAGUCCCAGGCAUUUUGAGUUGCCAGCUCUGUGGAACGAUAAGAACAGAAGUAUGCACUAUGUGGUCUUCACUAUGCCAGAGGCGUCUCCCUGCCAACUCUACAUACUGAGGAGGAGCACAGACCCCAACAGGUGUGUUCCUAAUGGGCUUGUUGCCAUUGAUCUGUCCAGCCUGCUCAGCAGCAUCGAUGACAGCUCAGAUUCACCGCAGUACAGUUGCCUGGACGCUCGUUUCUAUGACGACGAGACGCUGAUGGUGGUGCUGCGGGAGGCGGGGCAGGAGGAGGCCGGGGGGCGUGUCCUGGCCCAGCUGCCUCUGAGCUCGGCCCUCAGCAGGGCAGGGGAGUUCACCUGGGACCCUGCUCUCAGAUUGGACCAGCAGAGUGCUGCCAUCCCAACCCACAGCCUGGUUCUGGAGAACCAGUGGCGUCUCCUGGAGAACAUGAAGGCCCAGCACCUGGCCGUCAACGGCAUCCGCAAAGUGGCCUGUGUGCUGAGCUCUAACCUGCGGCACGUGCGGGUGUUUGAGAUGGACGUAGAGGAUGAGGAAGAUGAAGAGCGGGUGGAGUCCCAGGACGUCAGUGCUGAGCAGGAGCAGCUGGAGGGGGCGGGGCCGGGGGCGGGGGCGGAGCCGGGGGCGGGGCCGGGGGCGGGCUCAGAGAGGCCCAUUGAGCCGGGCUCCAGUUCAGACACACUGUGACCCCGCGCCCUCCUCUUCCUCACUACCCCGCGCCCUCCUCUUCCUCACUACCCCGCGCCCUCCUCUUCCUCACUACCCCGCGCCCUCCUCUUCCUCACUGAGGAAGGGCGGAGAGAUGAUGGCGUUUUUGUGGCUAUACUGUUUCGUCAGUAAAAAUACUGUCCUGCUGUCUUAUCCA